CUGCUGCUGCACAAAGCUCUUGUGGAAACAUGUUUGUGCAGCGACAACAACAGCGUUUCACAAUCGGAGCUCCUUAUCACCUGUUAACUGGUGGAGCUGAGUCAGCGGCUCUCUGUACUUCUGACCUGUCUGCGCUUUGACCGCUCACUCUGCCGUCUCUCUCUCUGGGAAGGCGUGAUGCUGCUGUUCGUCGCUGUCAGUGUUUUUUUUCUAGCCGUGGGUCACGCUGAACCCACUGGGGACUCGUCGUACAUCGCUGCCGUGUACGAGCACCGCGUCGUCCUGAACCCGGAGCCUCGAGUCCCGCUGAGCCGCCGCGACGCGCUGCAGCACCUGCAGCAGAACCUGGACGUCUACGAGCAGCAGGCAGCCCGGGCCGCCCAGCAGGGGGCCCAGAUCCUCGUGUUUCCAGAAGAUGGUCUCCAGGGUUUCAACUUCACCCGUUCGUCUAUCUCCGGCUACCUGGAAACCAUUCCUGACCCCCAGCAGGAGAGCUGGAACCCCUGCACCGAGCCGGGCAGAUACAGCAACACUGAGGUUCUCCAGAGACUGAGCUGUAUGGCCCGUCGGUACAACCUCUACCUGGUGGCCAACAUGCCCGACCUGCAGCCCUGUCCCCUGCAGAGCGCUCCGUCCUCCACCUGUCCCGCCGAUGGACGCUGGCAGUUCAACACUAAUGUGGCUUUCAGUUCGGAUGGGCUGCUGGUGGCGCGCUACCAUAAAUACAACCUCUACUUCGAGCAGGCCUUCGACAAACCUCCGCAGGCUGAAAUCAUAACAUUUGAUACACCUUUCGCGGGGAAGUUCGGCCUCAUCAUCUGCUUUGACAUCCUGUUCCGUGAUCCCACAGUAACCCUGGUGGAGAGGGGUGUGCGUCAGCUGAUCUACCCCACAGCCUGGAUGAACCAGCUCCCUCUGCUGGACACCAUCCAGUUUCAGCGGGCGUUCAGUCUGGGCGCCAAUGUCACCAUACUGGGUGCAAACAUUCGCAGCGACCGACUCAUCAUGUCAGGAAGCGGCAUCUACACCCCCUUUUCUGCUACUUACCACCAUGCAAAGACGGGAGACCCAGAGGAGGGGAGGCUGCUGGUGGCAAGGGUGCCGGUGUUGGAUCCACUGUGGGCGGGCCAGAGUGUAGCCACAGAGUCCACAUCAUCAUCAUCAUCAUCAUCAGUGGAUACAGACUCUGGGUUCUGCCACCAAGACAACUGCGUUGAUCCUCCUGCUGCUUCCUCCUCAACAUCUUCCUCCCACCCCACCUUCACCUCAUCCAUGAUGUAUGACCCAUUUAAAUUCAUCCUCCUAAACAACACAGAGGACGAACUCCAAGUGUGCGAUGGCACUUUCUGCUGUCGCCUGCAGUACAAGUUUGUGCCACCAGGCAGCAGUAAAGAGCUGUAUGCUGUGGGUGCCUUUGCAGGAACACACAUCGUCAACGGACGUUACGCCCUGCAGGUGUGCGCGGUCGUCCGCUGUGCAGACCUGGAAUCCAGCUCCUGUGGACAGGAAGUGGAAGAAGCGGAGUCUAAAAUGGACUUCGUGUUAGAGGGGACAUUCGAGACCAGGCAUGUGUACCCGUCGGUUCUGGCUAGCGGUCUGGUCCUGGAGCAGCCGCGGACUUUAGAGAAAACUGCAGAUGGGAGAGUGACCAUGAAGCACUCAAACAUGACAGGUGGCCUGGUCACUGCCUGUCUGUAUGGACGAAUGUACCACCUGGACAAUGAAUGAACACCUUUUGGGAAAGAUGUGCGGCGACGAGAGAGACGUUAGUUACAUUUUAAAUAAAACUACUAAUGUUCUUAUCUGGACCAGUAA